AUGACACAGACACAAGCGAAGUUCACAUUCGCCCAUUUGGCAAUAGCCCUUCCUCUUUGCCUUGGCAGUAUCUCCUAUGGAUAUGAUUUCAGCAUCAUCACCACCACUGUGGGCCAGCCCACUUGGUAUGCUUAUAUGGGUCUGACACUGGAUCCCACAGACGCGGAGCUAUACGCCUAUACCAACCGUAUGACCGGUACUGUGUUUGGCCUAUUUUCAGCGGGUGCAAUAUUCGGUUCACUGUUUGUCAGUUGGCUGUGCGAUGCCUACGGACGUAAAAUGAGUCUUUUGGUAGCGGCAUUGAUUAACAUCGUCGGAGGAGCUUUACAGACUGGCUCUGUCCAUAUCGGCAUGUUCAUUGUCGCGAGAUUCGUCACAGGGUUUGCUGCAGCAAUGCUUGUUACUCUGGUUCCCUUAUACGUGGCUGAGGUAGCACCGCCCGCAACUCGUGGGCUCUUAGUUGGCCAACAUGGUGGCUUCUUUCUGUUCGGAUACACCAUCGCAGCCUGGGUCGGGAUCGGAGCAUUCUUUUCGGAAAACGCACAGUUCAACUGGCGAUUCCCACUAGCCCUACAGGUCCUGUGGCCAAUCCUGCUGUGCUGCUUCCUCCCUAAGCUGCCCGAGUCCCCUCGUUGGUUGGUCAGCAAGGGAAGAACAGACGAAGCAUGGAAAGUCAUUUCAAGCCUUCACCAUGACCCCAAAGACCCCUCCCAGCUGUUCGCCCGUGAGGAGCUACUGCAGAUUACUUCGCAGUAUGAAGCCGACACCGCGGCGUACGGAAAGGCCACCUUCAUUGACAUGUGGCGCAAACGGCAUAUGAGGAAGCGUAUGCUUAUCGGGAGUCUUAUUAUGUGGGCUUCCCAGGCGAAUGGGGCUAUUGUCAUCUACAGUAAUAUUGUUGGUUUAGUCACUGGUCUUGGAUUCAGCGCGAGCGAGUCACUUCUACUCUCUGCGGGCUGGAUUACUUGGGCUUGCGUGGGAAACUUUGCCAACGCAUGGUUCCUCGAUCGCCUAGGGCGGAUUCGGAGUCUCCUGAUUGGAAUCAGCGGCUGUGUGGUAUUCGUCAUUAUCGAGGCCGCCAUCGUUAAGAAUUACGGCGCGUCAUCGAAUAAAGCAGCACUUGCAGCCGGGGUGGCCAUGCUAUUUGGGUUUAUUACCUUCUAUGGAGGAUUCGUCGACACAACCGUCUACGUGUACUGCUCCGAGAUAUUCCCAACCCACGUCCGAGCCAAAGGCACAGGUUGGUGUCUGGCCAUCUUCUUCCUCUCGACACUGCCCUUCCUCGAAUCAUCUACAGUUGGCUUUUCGACCAUUGGAUGGAAGUACUAUCUUCUGUUCAUCAUCCUUCCGUCGGUAAAUGUUCUUCUUUUGGCCUUGUUCUGUCCAGAGACGAGGGGCCUCUCCCUGGAAGAGAUUAACGGAUUGUUCGGGGACACCGUUGCUGUUAGGCUAACUCACCUUACCGCCGAGGAGAAGGAUGUGCUUGAUGCGCGUGUUCUGCGAGAUGUGGGAUGCAUUGAGAGUGGAAGUGGCAGCGAUGGUGCGGGUGAGGGUGAGACUCCUGAUUCAAAGGGUAAAAGCUCCUUGAGCCUGAAGGCCUAA